UAGCACGAUUUUCAGGUAUCAUGUCGACAGCCGCUCCUGCCUGAAACAUCUUUCCAUUCGACUGAAAGGAUUUCCUCUAUCACGAAAAGCGUAAAUCUAUCGCAAAUGACGAGAAGUGCAUUGAAGUUCUGUUAAUCAAGAUUGGAGGAAGGCUGAGUUUACCGUCAUGGCAGCGUCUGAAUUGUACACAAAGUAUGCCCGUGUCUGGAUCCCGGACGCGGAGGAGGUAUGGAAAUCGGCGGAGCUCACCAAGGACUACAAACAGGGAGAUACAGCGCUUCAGCUGCAGCUCGAGGAUGAAACGAACUUGGAACACAAAUUGGACCCAAAAACCAAGAACUUGCCCCACCUGCGGAACCCUGACAUCCUGGUGGGCGAGAAUGACCUCACUGCCCUCAGUUACCUCCAUGAACCUGCUGUCCUUCACAACCUGAAAGUGCGCUUCAUCGACUCCAAGCUUAUCUACACAUACUGUGGUAUUGUCUUGGUGGCCAUCAAUCCCUAUGAGACUCUACCCAUCUAUGGGACCGACAUCAUCAAUGCGUACAGUGGGCAGAACAUGGGGGACAUGGACCCCCACAUAUUCGCUGUAGCCGAGGAGGCCUACAAGCAGAUGGCCAGGGACGAGAGGAACCAGUCCAUUAUCGUGAGUGGGGAGUCUGGCGCAGGGAAGACGGUCUCGGCCAAAUACGCCAUGCGGUACUUUGCCACCGUCAGCGGCUCGGCCAGCGAGACCAACGUGGAGGAGAAAGUGCUGGCGUCCAACCCCAUCAUGGAGGCUAUUGGAAAUGCAAAGACCACCAGGAACGACAACAGCAGCAGGUUUGGGAAGUACAUCGAGAUCGGCUUCGACAAGCGGUACCGCAUCAUUGGGGCCAACAUGAGGACGUACCUGCUGGAGAAAUCCAGGGUGGUGUUUCAGGCAGAUGAAGAGAGAAACUACCAUAUCUUCUACCAGCUGUGUGCUUCUGCCCAUUUGCCUGAAUUCAAAUUGCUGAAGUUAGGAGGUGCUGAUGACUUUCACUACACCAACCAGGGUCAAAGCCCCGUGAUCGAUGGGGUGGACGAUGCCGCGGAGCUCUCCACCAGCAGACAGGCUUUCUCCCUCCUGGGGAUUAAUGAGUCCUAUCAGAUGGGCCUUUUCCAGAUUCUUGCUGCGAUCCUUCACCUUGGCAACGUGGACGUGAAGGAUCGGGAUGCGGACAGCAGCUGCGUUCCGCCCAACAACAAGCACCUGACCAUCUUCUGCGAGCUCAUGGGCGUGACAUACCAGGACAUGUCCCACUGGCUGUGCCACAAGAAGCUGAAGACGGCGUCAGAGACGUACAUCAAAACCAUCCCCAAGCUCCAGGCCGUCAACGCCCGGGACGCCCUCGCCAAACACAUCUAUGCCAAACUCUUCAACUGGAUCGUGGACCAUGUCAACAGGGCCUUACAUUCCAACAUCAAACAGCACUCCUUCAUUGGGGUCCUCGACAUUUACGGGUUUGAAACAUUUGAGAUCAAUAGCUUUGAGCAGUUUUGUAUAAACUAUGCCAAUGAGAAGCUCCAACAGCAGUUUAACAUGCACGUCUUCAAACUGGAGCAGGAGGAGUACAUGAAGGAGCAGAUCCCCUGGACCCUGAUUGACUUCUAUGACAAUCAGCCCUGCAUCAAUCUGAUCGAAGCUAAGAUGGGCGUUCUGGACCUGCUGGACGAGGAGUGCAAGAUGCCCAAGGGAUCCGACGACAGCUGGGCACAGAAGCUCUACAACACUCACCUGAAGACAUGCACCCUUUUCGAGAAACCCCGAAUGUCCAAUAAAGCCUUCAUUAUACAGCACUUUGCAGACAAGGUGGAGUAUCAGUGUGAAGGUUUCCUGGAGAAAAACAAAGACACCGUAAAUGAGGAGCAGAUCAAUGUGCUGAAAGCAAGCAAGCAGUUUGAUCUGCUGGUGGAGCUGUUCCAGGAUGAGGAGAAGGUCACCAGCCCGACGGGGGCGGCCCCUGGUGGCCGCACCAGGCUUAGCAUCAAGCCGGAUAAGUCCCGCCCCGGCCAGGCCAGUAAGGAGCACAAGAAGACCGUGGGGCUGCAGUUCCGUAACUCGCUGCAGCUGCUGAUGGAGACCCUGAAUGCCACCACGCCGCACUACGUGCGCUGCAUCAAGCCAAACGACCUGAAGUUUCCUUUCACGUUUGACCCUAAGAGGGCCGUGCAGCAGCUCAGAGCCUGUGGUGUGCUGGAGACCAUCCGGAUCUCUGCUGCUGGCUUCCCCUCCAGGUGGACCUAUCAGGAGUUCUUCAGUCGGUACCGGGUUCUGAUGAAGCAGAAGGAUGUGCUGACGGACAAGAAGCUCACCUGCAGGAAUGUUCUGGAAAAGCUUGUGCAGGACCAGGACAAGUACCAGUUCGGCAAGACGAAGAUCUUCUUCCGGGCGGGGCAGGUGGCGUACCUGGAGAAGCUGCGAGCGGACAAGCUGCGGGCGGCCUGCAUCCGCAUCCAGAAGACCAUCCGCUGCUGGCUGGUCCGCAAGAAGUACCUGCGCAUGAGGAGCGCCGCCAUCAACAUCCAGAGACACGUGCGCGGCUUCCAGGCGCGAUGCCUGGUCAAGUUCCUGCGUCGGACCAGAGCAGCCAUCAUUGUGCAGAAGUACCAGCGCAUGUACGUGCAGAGGAAGCGUUACCGCCGCAAGCAGGCUGCUGCCCUCAUUAUCCAGUGCAUCCUACGGGCCUACAUGGCCAGACAGCAGUACCAGGGGCUCCUGCGCGAACACAAGGCCAUCAUCCUGCAGAAGUCGGUGAGGGGAUGGCUGGCCCGGCAGUGGUACAAGAGGUCCCUGGCCGCCAUCAUCUACCUGCAGUGCUGCGUGCGCCGCAUGCGGGCCAGGCGCGAGCUGAAGAAGCUGAAGAUCGAGGCGCGCUCCGUGGAGCACUUCAAGAAGCUCAACAUCGGCAUGGAGAACAAGAUCAUGCAGCUGCAGCGCAAGGUGGACGAGCAGAACAAGGAGAACAAGGCGGUGAGCGAGCGUCUGAACGGGCUGCAGAACGCGUACACGGCCGAGGGCGAGAAGCUGCGGAACGAGGUCGCCCGCCUCCGCGGCUCAGAGGAGGAGGCGCGCAACAACGCCAACCGCGUCACCUCCCUCCUGGAGGAGCUGGCCCGCCUGCGCAAGGAGCUGGACACCACCCGCCACGAGAAGCACGUCAUCGAGGAGUGGGCCGAGAACUACCGCGACGAGAUGGAGCAGAUGGUGGCAGAUCUGAAGGAUCAGAACGGCUUGCUGAAGAACGAGAAGGACGAUCUGAACCGGCUCAUCCAGGAACAGAGUCAGCAGAUGACAGAGAAAAUGCAGAAGGCCCUGCAGGAGGAGACCAAGCAGCUGGAGAACGACCUGAACGAGGAGCGCUCGCGCUACCAGAACCUCCUGAGCGAGCACCUGCGGCUGGAGGAGCGAUACGACGACCUGAAAGAGGAAAUCACCCUGACCGUGAAUGUUCCCAAGCCGGGCCACAGGCGGACCGACUCCACCCACAGCAGCAACGAAUCAGAAUGCACUUACAACUCGGAGUUCGCCGAAUCAGAGGAAAGCUCGCGCGGAGGAGAGGAUGUCACCAAGGCCUCCCUGGACAUGUCUCUGUUCCUCAAGCUGCAGAAGAGAGUCACCGAACUGGAGCAAGAGAAGCAUUCACUGCAGAAGGAGCUUGACACAAGAGAAGAGCAGUUCCAGCGAGCGAGAGCCAGGGAUGAUGAAGAACACAAGAAGGCUCGAGGGGCGGAGCUCGAGUACGAGUCUCUCAAGCGCCAGGAGCUGGAGUCUGAGAACAAGAAGCUGAAGCACGACCUGAACGAGAUGCGGCGGUCCCUGACAGAGAACGCCGGCGCCUCCAAAGCCGCUCCUGGAUCGCCCGCCUACAAGGUGCUCCUGGACCAGCUCAACUACUCCAAUGAGGAGCUGGAGGUGCGCAAGGAGGAGGUGCUGGUGCUGCGCUCCCAGCUGGUCAGUCAGAAGGAGGCCAUGCAGCACAAGGAGACCAUGACGGACCCGGUGUUGUACAUGGAGGACGUGCAGAAGAUGAAGGAUCCUGGGGAGAUCACCAAGGCUUACAUUGGGCUUAAAGAGACCAACAGAGCCCCCAUUCCAAACUUCCGUGAGCUGAAUGAGGAUGGAGAGCUUUGGCUGGUUUAUGAAGGGUUAAAGGAGACAAACAGGCUGCUGGAGUCCCAGCUGCAGAUGCAGAGGAAGGGGCAUGAUAAUGAGGUGGAGGCGCUGAGAGGGGAGCUGCACAGCAUGAAGGAGGAGAAUAACAGGCAGCAGCAGCUCCUGGCCCAGAACCUGCAGCUGCCCCCGGAGGCCCGCAUCGAGGCCAGCCUGCAGCACGAGAUCACCCGCCUCACCAACGAGAACCUGGAAAUGCUCAUGGAUGACCCCAACAAAUAUCAAGAGUAUCGGCUGUUGGUUUUGCGGCGGAUGGUUGAUCUCAUGGAGCAACUGGAGAAACAGGACAAGACUGUCCGCAAACUGAAGAAGCAGCUGAAAGUCUUUGCCAAGAAGAUUGGAGAACUGGAAUUGGGGGGUCAGGUGGAGAAUGUGUCCCCCGGGCAGAACGUGGACGAGCCCAUCCGGCCGGUCAACAUCCCCCGCAAGGAGAAGGACUUCCAGGGCAUGCUGGAGUACAAGAAGGAGGAUGAGCUGAAGCUGGUGAAGAACCUCAUUCUGGAGCUGAAGCCCCGCGGCGUGGCCGUUAACCUCAUCCCAGGCCUGCCCUCCUACAUCCUCUUCAUGUGCCUGCGCCAUGCCGACUAUCUCAACGACGACCAGAAAGUGCGAACACUACUCACCUCCACCAUCAACAGCAUCAAGAAGAUCCUGAAGAAACGAGGGGACGACUUUGAGACCGUCUCUUUCUGGCUGUCCAACACAUGCCGCUUCCUGCACUGUCUGAAGCAGUACAGUGGAGAGGAGGCCUUCAUGAUGCACAACACUCCCAGGCAAAAUGAGCACUGCCUGUCCAACUUCGACCUGGCUGAGUACCGGCACGUGCUGAGCGACCUGGCCAUCCAGAUCUAUCAGCAGCUCAUCAAGUGUAUGGAGAACAUCCUGCAGCCAAUGAUAGUUUCGGGAAUGCUGGAGCACGAGACGAUCCAGGGUGUGUCGGGGGUGAAGCCCACGGGCCUGAGGAAAAGGACCUCCAGCAUCGCGGACGAGGGCACCUACACCCUGGACUCCAUCCUGCGCCAGCUCUCCUCCUUCCACUCCACCAUGUGCCAGCACGGCACCGACCCCGAGCUCAUCCAGCAGGUGGUGAAGCAGCAGUUCUACAUCAUCGGCGCCGUCACCCUCAACAACCUGCUGCUGCGCAAAGACAUGUGCUCCUGGAGCAAGGGCAUGCAGAUCAGGUACAACGUCAGCCAGCUGGAGGAGUGGCUGAGGGAUAAGAACCUGAUGAUCUGCGGGGCCAAGGAGACCCUGGAGCCCCUCAUCCAGGCCGCUCAGCUGCUGCAGGUGAAGAAGAAGACCGAUGAGGACGCAGAAGCCAUCUGCUCCAUGUGCAACGCCCUGAGCACCGCACAGAUUGUGAAAGUGCUGAACUUGUACACACCAGUGAAUGAGUUUGAGGAACGGGUUUCCAUAUCGUUCAUUCGAACCAUACAGACUCGUUUACGGGACCGGAAGGAGUCACCACAGCUGCUCAUGGACACCAAGAUCAUCUACCCUGUCACAUUCCCCUUCAACCCCUCCUCACUAGCCCUGGAGUCCAUCCACAUCCCCAGCAGUCUGAACCUGGGUUUCCUCACACGCGUGUAGAGGCAGUCUGAGCCAGGACUUUCUCACAGGCGUGUAGAGGCAGUCUGAACCAGGACUUUCUCACACGCGUGUAGUGGUAGUCUAAACGAGAGCUUCCUCACACAGAGCUGUCUGUCACAGUAAUCAGUCAUUAAAGGCUUAAAGGAGUAACUGUAGUUGUAUUGAGUGUCCCCUUAACAACAAACCUUAACAGCCAAGUAGGUCAGGUGUAUUAUUCAUUAUGAUUGGAAGCAUGUGUUCAGGUUCUCACAAUUCUUGGCCUCUUAUAGGAAUGGAUGGUGCACUAAACCCAGAUUUUGUGAAGGACUGUGGUCAUGCGUUUCGAUGUAUUCAGUUUUUUUACACAUUGCUCAACUUGGCAGUGUUUUGGUCGAUGCAUCACAAUGCUCAAUGACUGUGCCACAAUGCUUCUAUUUUAUUAUAUAUAAUGCGUGUGUAUAUAUACACACUCUUUUGAAUCUUCCCUCCUUUGAAUAUUGUUUUUCCCUGAGAAAGAAACAUUCAGGGAUUGAUUGCUCUCCAAAUCAUUUCAACGUCUGGAAAAGGAAAGCUGAUGGCAUAGAGUGUAAUGUGUCAUAUAUUUAUGUUCGUAAGAGAAAAUGUCUAGAAUAAUUUAAUAAAAGGUCCAUAGUGAACUAUUUAACAUAGAUGUUUAUUUGUUACCGCAGGUAUUGUGUUUUUACUUAGCACACUUAUAGUAGAUAGCAGCUGUGUUUUGUGUAAUUUGCAUAUCCAGGAAUAUAGUACCUAUGCACAGCAGCAUAUAGAUUUAAAGUUAAAUUCUCCUAAAUACCAAUGCUGUUUACAACUCUUAGAUUUAAGCUUGAUUAUUACAGAUGUGACUGUGGGCCAUGGUAGAAUGUGAAAUCACUUCUGAGCUUUCAUAGUGUCUGCUGGGACGGUCAAGGACCUCUACCCUUAGGGUCUAGAGCACAUGCACGUGUGUGUGCUUGUGCGUAUGUUUGUGAUUAACACUGAUGCUAUUGGCUGUUUCCACUGUUACAUGUCUCCCCAACGCCUAAUGCCUUACACCAACACUGUGAGGACGGUCCCCUCACAGCGUCCAUUCUGGUCCUGAUUGAGCUCCUCUACCAUGGAAUCCACUGUCUUGUAAGCGCAAAAACACUGGAUAUUUCCCCCUGAGUUACUGACUGACUGAUUUCUCUUUAAACAUGUUUUGAACAGCCUCAGUUAUUUAUUCUAUCAUUCAAAAACUGUUAAAGGAGGUGUUUAUCCUGAAAACUAAAAUCACUUUGGAUGCAUGUACUGUUGAAUGAUAUUAUCAAGCAACACUGUAUAGCUUUCCCCCCCAUAUUUAUUUUGCUUUUGACAGGCUAGUAGCGUCACCUUGAAGGUGCGGAACCGCUUUUGUGAUGAAUGCCGUCAGCUUUUGCGCCAGCAGCAGUCAAUGUAAAAAUGAACUAAUGCUGCAUUCUCUCCUUAAUCUAUAAUGUAGGAAAAAUAUACAUACAUCACACCAAUUUAUGUAGCAGUUGCCAGACGCUUGCUUUAUAUGCUGUAUUUAGUUAGAAACAUAGCAGCUCCAUCUAAAGCAAACCCUUGGGAUUCAGUUACCAUGUAUUUUCCGCCUUUUGAAUAUUACACUUGAGCGAGACAUAGCAGUGAUCAUAUCUAGUGUACUAUGCAGUCAGUUAUAAAUGAACCUGCAUGCUCAUAGUUCUUCUGGUGACACCCGCAGAGAGUAAUACGCAAGCAUUGUUUACCCAAAGACGUACAGUUUUGAUCAGACACGCUAGCUAUCCUUCUGUCUAUGAAGACUGUAGACUAUAAAGUGAGCCUAUGCCAUCCCAUGCCUUAGUCAUCCUCUUGUUUCCAUGGCUUCAUGUGCGUCAUCUAUCGCCGGUCUGUGCAUUGUACUGUACAUUACUGUACAUUGGUCCACCUUGUAAGCAAAACGUUAAGUGUUCAUGCUACCCAUUGUGAGCCGUACAAUGUUAGGAUUCAUACAUAUUGUACCUUGCCACUUUUAAAUCACAUACUCAUAUCAUGAGCAUUUUGGUGUGCAAUAUGAGCCCUUAUUAAUGGUAUAGUAAGGCCCUUAUCAAUGUCACUGGGACCACCCAUGGUAUAUUGUAAAUUUGCCUUCUGUCAUUUAUGUUAGGGUAUUAUGUGUACUGGAAUAGGAAUUGUUUAAGUAUGUAUGUGUAUGUAUGUAUGUGUCCGUGUGGGUGUGUGGGUGCGUGUGUGCAUGUGUGCGUGUGCGUGUGCAUGUGUGUGUGUGCGUGUGCAUGUGCACAUGUCCACAAAAUUGGAUUCUACUGGAAAAUAAUGUAUUUAAACUUUAUCAGUUUCACUGUUUUUGGUUUCAUUCAGUUAUUCAGAUGUAAUUUAUUGUUGUAUUAUUUGCAAUAUAUUCAUUGCACACAGCCUUAUGAGUUGAUGGUAUAUCUAGCAUAUGACGAUAUUUUGUUAUUGUUUGUCUCUGCAGUAUUUUGUAACAUCCCUGGGGGGGUUAGAGGACAAAGUGAAGACUGGUCAAACCUGAGAUUAAAGAGAUUAGGAUGUGUGUAGCCCCAUUAAUUACCCCCAGUGAACCUUCAACAGUAUUUGUUUAUGCACUUUUUAAGAUUUUUUUUUUUUCUGAGGAAUCCCAAUAAAUAGCAGUAGUAGUAGUUUACUAGAAUAAAAAUAAAAAAAACAUUUUAAAUGUAGUAGAUUCAAGUCACCACAUUAAAUUUUGAAUUUGUAUGGAUGUUUGCUGACUGUUGAGAGUAAGUUGCAUUGACUAAUUAAAAACCUGUACACUAAAUUCUCUUGUCAUCUCAAGUACCAUUUCAAAUUGGUUGUCCAAUAAAACAAACUCUGGUCUAAAGCAACUAUUUUGAAAUAUCUUUGUUUUGAUUUAUUUAUAUUUUUCCCAUAGCAAUGACUGCCAUACUUCCUUUUGCUUUUUUGAUUUUGGUAUCGACUGGCAAGUGUGUCAGCAAUAUUUUAGUGUCACCUUGUUCCAUGCAAAAUAUCUACAUUUCAGUAGGCCUCUUAGGACUUACAUCUGUAUAGAGGUGCAUUUUGCUACUGUAGACAGCACUCUGCACCUGCAAUCAUUUUGUGGCUCUGUGAUAUUGAUUUUGGGGGCCAUCUUUGAAAUGGUGACAGAACAGAAUGUAACGGGAGAUAAUUCAGUCAAACAGGCAAUUGUUUAAAUAAUCCAAACCCAAUCAAUCAUGAAGUUAGAAGAUGGUAUGGGCAUCAACCAUUUCACAAAUACUCUAUAUGAUUGGAUACAUAUUGAGGGUCUGGACUAACAGUUUAAAGUAACUAACAGAUAUGAAAUCUUCACAUAAAACUGUUCACAUCUUAAAAUCAGCUUUUCUCCUGUAAAUCUGGGCAUCCAUGACACAUCACGCAAAAUAAACUGUAAAUAAUAGUUCAGAGAUGCUAAUAAGAGUAAAACUUCUGCUGAGAAUAUGAACUUGCUUCUGUAGGACAUUUUACCUGACGGAUGUUCCAGAAACAGGUCAUAUUGAAGAACAGCAAAUGUGAAGAUUUAAACUGUUAGUAGUUCACAGUAGUUGUAAUUGGUACAGGUAACUGUGUUCACUAUACAAUGUGUGUACUAAGGUACAAGAACUGUCAAAUCUGUAUUGACAAAUAAAGGAAUUCAGCACUGUA